ACCCACAAAUUGCAUUGUGGUCUAUUGUGGUUUGGUUUCUUCGCUAGAGUAAUUUUUAUUUUAGAUUUUUACUCUUAAUUUAAUUUCAUGUCUUGUUGUUAGUUAUCUAGCUCUAGUUCCGACUUCUUUGGAUCAAGCACUUCUUUCGGUUGCGUUAACAGGUCUGUCCACACCAGCAACAUGUUCAUUGUUGGACUUACAGGAGGCCUUGCAACGGGGAAAAGUACAGUGCUUUCUAUAUUUCGCGAACAUGGUGUAGCUGUGAUUGAUGCUGAUGAAGUAGCCCGAAAAGUAUUGGAACCAGGAACAAAGGCAUGGAAAGAAUUGAGAGAGUAUUUCGGUGAUGAGGUGUUGUGCGUUGAUGGUAAAGUCAACAGAGUACGGCUGGGGGAAAUAGUAUUUGAUGACAUAGACAAGAGAAAAAAACUUAAUGCCAUAACACAUCCUCGAAUACAAAGUGCUAUGAUGAAGAUGGCUGUAUCAUAUUUUUUCUCUGGACAUAGAUACAUUGUGAUGGAAGUGCCAUUAUUGUUUGAAACGGGAAAAAUGUUAACCUUUAUGCAUAAAAUUAUCACAGUUGUUUGCGAGGACUUCCAGCAAUUAGAAAGGUUAUGUAAACGUAAUGACAUGUCAGAAGUGGUGGCCAAAAAGCGGAUCAAUUGUCAAAUGCCUUUGGAAGAUAAAGUUGCUAAGUCACAUUUUGUCAUAGACAAUUCAGGUGACUUUGUUAAUAUGAGACACCAAACCGAAAGUAUAAUAAGGAUGCUGCGAAGAUCAAAGUUCACAUGGUAUUUUAGAGCAAUAAUUGCAAUCACAUUCCUAUCAAUAGUAUUUGGCGUUGUACAUAUUUUUAAUAAGGAUAUAUUAUGGUAAUAAGCUAUGGUGUCCUUAAUGUAUAGUAAUGUGUAUAUUAUUUUACUUGAAAUCAUUUACAAUUAAUAUUGUAAUAUUCUUAAUUGUGUAGGAAAACAGGAAAGUGCAAAAAUGUAUGUAGAGACUUAUGCUUCAAUCACACCAACGCGUGUAGAACGCCAUCGCCGGUGAUACACGGCGCAAUCAUAGGGAAAUGACAGGUCGAGUGAACUGUCAUGGGUUGCGCGACCUGUCAUUGGCCUUUGAUCACCGCCGGCGCGCGCCUGCGAUCUGCACGCGUCGGUUUGGUUGAAGCUUUAUUAACCUUUUUAUUUCAACACAAAUAAAUCAAUUUUCAGCAAGUCUUACAACUUUGUAAAUAAGAGAAUGAAUGUGGCAAUGAAAAGGUUAAAAUAGUUCUAAAAACAAUUACCUAUUAGUUUAAAUUUCCCAGUUAGUGUUGUAGUGAUUCAAUUUGCACAUUAGCUUACAGUGCAAUUGUUGGAAUUUGAAUGUUAUGUUUUUUAUUGUAAGAGUCAAAAUCAAUAAGUUAAUGUGUGGGCAUCUGAAUUAUUAGGGUGUGCUAACAGUUGUUUCUCAUUUACAAAAACAAGUGUCGUUUUAUGUAGGUGUUGUGUAUUUAUGGGAUGGUAUAAGUCGUAGUUAAAUAAGCCUUAAUUUUGCUCAAAAUAGUGGGACUAUAUUUUAGCAUAGCAUUUGGGGUAGUGUUAUAGGUAGUAUUUUUAAUGAAUAAUGUGGUGUAUGAAAAAUAUUUCUGAUCAGUUAAUGACUGUUUCUUAAUAGAAUAUGAAAUCGUAUUAUUCCUUAAUCGUUAAAUGCAUGACAAUUGGUAGGGUGGUGUUGCGUAUAUUGUUGAACCACUGUGGUGUGGAUUAUACUUAUCUGUUUGUAAUUUUUUUUAUUGUUAUUCCUUCACAAAAUAAGGAGUUGCAUGACAUCAUAUUUACCGAUCUCUUUCUAAAAUAAUACUGUAAUGCAUUUUCAGUCAAACCGGAAUUGUUAGCAUUUAUAUUAGGGAUCAAGUUAAUAUUGUAUCAAUCAUGCUCCCGAGUCACGAUAAACUCGUCGCGAAGUUCCAACGAAAAAGUCAAUUAGUCUGUCAUUCUCACGGUCAAUUUUAUGGGCGAAUUAGAUCCGUAUGUUAUGUCACACAGCAAGAGUUGAGGCGAUCACAACAUUUCGAUUCAUAGAUUCUGUUCUGUGGGUCUAGACAAAGUGCAAAUUAUAAUCGCAAACCAGUCGAAAAGUGGUCGAAAAGCCCCUUUUUUGUAUGGAGUUUUGACGGAUUCGAUUUUCGAUUCGAUCAAAAGUGCGUUUUGUCUAAGGGGGCUGGGUUUGGUUUAAAUAUUGUAACCUUUUUGGCGGAUUUUACACUGCGCGGAAAUUAGCCGAGUCAAGUCAAAAAAACAGUGGAGUGGGGAUGAAAAUUAUUCAUUUUUCGUGUAAAAGCGCCUUUCCUCAAUCCAAGUUAUGCACAAUAGAAUUUAAUAAGUAUUUAGACCAAUCACAGACUUGAAUGUGUUCUUGUGCUCAGGUUUAUUCAUCGCAAAAUGUCUAGUUUGGUAAUUAAAUAAUACCUAUUUUCAAUUCCCCUGCAGCUGAAAUGUCACGUAACAGUCGCCAAUGUAGAAUUAAGAUUGACACGGUGACCGUCAUAAAUUGCCAUCCCGGUAACCGCGACCCGUCCACCGUUUACUCGCUUCCGCCCAUGCGUGGUAUUACGUCAUAAAGGUGCCCUAGCAAUAGUCCAGUUGCUUCUAUUUCCAUCAUAAAGUUUGAAAGGUUGUGACUUGUGACUCCAUUACAUGUAACUCGACUACAGAAGAUACGAACUAAGAACGAUUGAGAUCGUCACGUUAUCGUUGAAUUCGAACGCUGGGUAUCGAAUAUCUUCGAAUACGCAGACGAUUCGAAGUCGAAACGAAGAAGUACCUACUGUAUCGUGUUGUAAUCUAUAAAGUGCCUAGGUAUUAGAUUAAAGUGCCGUUUUCACCAUCAAUCCCUAAUUUUUAAGUAACCCCUAUGCAACAAAAUUUCUGUUAUGUGUUACCAUAGGGGUUAGUGCACGUUUUUAGGCUGAUCUUUAUUUUUAAUUUUACACCUAUAUGAAAAUUUUGCUGUUAUAUCUAACCAUUACGCGCUGCUUUUUUAUUUUUUAGUAUUUCAGUAUGGCUGUAUUGUUACCAAUUGACAAAAACAAAAAAAAAAUCGAACCGAAUUUCUUUUUAAUCAGUGUAUGCCGCCGCGUAUAUUGGUAAUGUUUUUGGGCAGUUUCCGCGCCCACCACUGCGUAGGACGUGGAGUGACGAUGGUGACGUGAUGCCUGUAGAUGGCAUCGCUGGUGUUGUGGUGAUGGUGGUGGUCGUCGGUGAUCCCGACUGCCGUUGACAGCACGUACGAGCUGUUCACGAUCUGUGGUCGGUCGUGGCUCUCUUUCUUGGGUUCGAACACUUGCUUGAUUGGGUCGUAGAUGUACGAGCCGAAUAUUGCCCUGAGAAAGACAAUGUUACAUAUUGCACGUAAAAAGCAGUCAAUACUUACUGGUAUUAUAAUUUAAAGCAAUAAUUAUAAAAUCAUCUUAUUACGAUAUUUAUAUCUUCUCUUUUACGAUGAUGAUGAUGAUGAAAUAUUGCCAAUAUAUACAUAGGUAGGUGCGUUAUCGGCAAAAACAUUUUCAGAGUCUUCUAGUUUCUUAAUUAUCGUAAACAAUACGCAGUAAAUACUUACUGGUAUUUGUGAUAGUGGAUAACUUUGAGUCAGUAUUUGAUACGAUGAUAUAAUUUAAAGCAAUAAUCAUAAAAUCAUGUUAUUACGAUAUUUAUAUCUUCUCUUUUACGAUGAUGAUGAUGAAAUUUUGCCAAUAUACGUAGGUGCGUUAUCGGCAAAAACAUUUUCAGAGUCUUCUAAUUUCUUAAUCAUCGUAAACAAUACGCGUUAUCUACAGUAUCAGUUUUUACCUGCGCAAUUAUUACACAUUCGGGGAUCAAUUUUCUUUUAAUCUAAGCCUAGGUCACGUAGUAAUUUCUGGUAUUACAUGCUGAUCUUUGUCAUUCAUCGAUUUUUAAAUACCUUUAUAAUAUGAAAUUCUAUGCUGCCUAAGCAUUGCAUGCAUUGCUUUAAUAUUAUACAGAAUAAUUUGCGUUAAGUCGUAAGCUUUUUUAAAACAAAAACAAUACACUAAUCUUUUCUAAAUGUUUAUAAAUGCCUUAAACUCACGGUUUGAUUCCUUCUUCUACUAUGAAACGAUGGAAUACGUUAUUUUCAUCUGCAGUUACGGUUUUACAGCUGAAAACAGGUUUUUGUCUUCUGUGAAAAUAUGUACUAUAAUAUAAUAUUGUAAUACACCACCUUACACAUUUUGAUAAGAAUAAAAAUCAUGAUGAAAUAGUUUUGUUUAAAUUACGUAUUUUUUGUAGAUAAGGAUGUUGUUAUUUUAAGUGUUUCAUCCAAAGAGGCAUUUUAUAAAUAUUUUCUACAAUUUACAACCUUCGCACUUUACAGAAAAAGAAAAAGAGACUAAUGCGACAUCUUUGUCUUAUAAAGUGUAAUUAUUUUUUGUUCUAUUAAUUUGAUUUCAAACAAAACGAUUAAUAAUUGUACCUGUGUUUGUUAUGCUACAUUGCUACAUUUAAAUUUUGGUUAUGAGUAAUAUCCAGUGAAACUUUUAGUUACAAAUAGUGUGAGAUGACUUUUAUGUAUGUAUAGGUUUUUAUUAAUUUUAAUAUGUUACAUUAUUUUGUUUUUGUUAAAAAAUAAUUAUCAUUAUAAGUGCGUACAAAAAUAAUUUAUCGGUAAUAAUCAACCAAAAUCACACGCUAACAUAUUAAUAAUUUAUCGAAUUAUUUAAGUCUCAUUCUCAAUAAUUUAAUAGAGCAUGUAAGUAAAGCAAUGUAUAGUCCAGUUAUUAACUUUAGAAAUUAAAUUGACUAAAUUAAUCCAAUUAUUCAUCUAGAAUUCCCCGAAAUUACAUUUUAGCUAAAAACGUUAGAAAGUGACAGCUGCUAAUAUCAUUUUAUAGUCACAUGAAGAAAACUGUACAUUGUUAUUACGUUUUUUCCUUUAUGUAAGUACAGUCACAAGCAUAAAUAU